AUGUCACGCCCACAGCGAUGCCUCUCCCCAGAGGAGAUACUCGAUACAGUUACUGCUACCUGGUCCCGCUCGAGGGUCAAAGGGGACAUCCAAAAGUACGCCCUAGAGUUCGCUAGUCUCCAUCAGCAAGCAACCACGGCAGCUUACGACCUGUUCCUAUUGACACAGAAUGAAAUGGGCGACGCGACCAUCUCCCUGCUCCUGGAAGACCUGGACAAAGUAUCAGGCCAAAGAGCGACGGAGUUGAAGGCCCUCAACAGGCUACAGCGCUCCGCUACCAGUUCCCGAGGGAGAGGGGCAGUUGCCGAAGAAGUCGAGACUCACGAAUGUCGCAUUGAUCAGCUUGAUAAGGAGGCGGAAGUUCUCGAGCAGAGGCUGCAGGAGGCUCGGGAGGCUCGAGAGGGACCCAUCAAAGCAUACAUCUUGGAGACGAAGGAAGAGGCUCUCGAGGUGUUCACGGAUUUCGUCAACUCAACUUUGGUCGAGGUGGGUGGACAGAGGGUUUCAAUGUUGCCGGAGACGUCUCCAGCGUAUGCGUGGGCCAUCGCGGGGUAUACUGGACGCUGGCCGCCGACGGCAGCGAAUGUGCGAACAGAGUACAAGGCUGCGCAGGGACGCACGGAGACCUUGGAGAAGGACGCAGAAGACAAGAUUGGAUGGGCAAAGCGCAAAUUAUCGAGAGACCCGGACCUUUCAGCCAGGCUGAAUGCCCUCGUUGAGUGUGGCUUGGACUGGCAAGCGCCUCCGGCAACUUGGUAUGUGCCAGAUACCGACCGUGUCAACAAAAUCUAUAACGACGCCGCCGAGGCUAGAUUCGAAGUUGAGCGGAACACGUGGGAUAUAUUGCGGUACAGGGAGUGGUCCAGGCGGAUGGCGGACCAGUCGUACUCGAUCCUCGGCCAUGAUAUUGACUACAAGUGUCUGAUGGAGCGACCAAGCCGGCCCCGGCAGCGAGUCAGUGCCGCUACCAGUUCGCGACAUCCAGCCACGUCAAAACUUGUCGAGAGGACUUUGCCACCGAGUUGGGCCGCACCUAUCACCACGCACAGCUGGUAUGAAGGACAUCGAGAAGGCAAGAGAGCUCGGGAGGAAGCCGAUGCGAGAGCAGAAGAGAUAGAGCGCGAGGAGAAUGACAGGCUUAGGGCAGACAUGGAGGAAGGGGCUCUGAUCUACGGGGGGCGGAGGUUCCGAACGGAAAGGGAAACGAAGCUCGCUCUGCUGCUUGAGACGGCGCAAUUGUCGAGAGAGUUGGGCAAGUCGGACGCGGAUGUUCACGAGGCUGCCUACCAAGACUACAAAGCGCAGAUACAGGUGCAGGUGGCGCAGGAUGAGGAAGAUGUAGAGACUGCGAACAGUACUGCAGACUUCAACCAGGGAUUCAGCAUUCGUCUGCGAGACCAGUAG